UCAUGGAAAGAUUUUAAGACUGAUUUGAUUGCACAACAGCCAGCUUCUACUGACUAUGAAAUCCACUCUCCAGUGUCACAUGACCAUGUGGACAUAGAUAACACCGAAGAAUUGGAUUAUGAAAGGGAUGCUUCAAGCAAAAUAGUGAAAAAUAUUGGUUCUCUCUUGUUAAAACUGGAAAGCAUCUAUAACGUCUCUGGAAAAUGCAUUGAUGACCUGGUGGAACAGCUUCAGUUUAUUUGUGCAUCUACUCAGUAUGUUCCAAACCUUUUGUCCUAAAGGUCCUUUCUCUACAAAAUCAAAGAGGGAAAAGUAUUUUAAAGAAAACUUUAAUGUGAUUGAGCCAGUAGAGUAUAUUUUGGAUCGAGAGGAGAAUCGCAGCUUUCAGUACGUGCCUUUUCUUCAAACUUUACAGCACUUGUUGAAUAAUGAAGAUAUUCUAAACCAUAUACUGACUAAACAUUCAAACACUUCACAUUUGGCAUCCUUCCAUGAUGGUAAAUAUUUCCAGCUAAAUGAAUGUCACGCUAAAGACGAUUUUAGCAUUUCUGUUAUAGUCUACGUUGACGAUUUUGAAAUCUGCAAUCCUCUUGGAUCUUCGCGAAAAAAACACAAAGUCACAGCAGUAUACUGGGUUCUUGGUGAUGUACCAUCUGAACUGAGAUCACAGCUUUCAUCAAUUUAUUUGGCUCUUCUUUGUAAAGCCAAUGAUGUGAAAAAAUUUGGCUAUGACUGUGUUCUGGAGCCUUUUUUGAAAGAACUCACAACAUUGGAGAAAGAAGGUAUUUUUUUGCCUCAAGUUGGUAGGAAUAUCAGAGGUACUGUUGUUUGUGUUUCAGCAGACAAUCUUGGUGCUCAUUCCUUAAGUGGACUUGUAGAAAGCUUUACUGGACAUUAUAUCUGUAGGUUUUGUAUUGGGGACCAUUCUGACUAUCAGCAGAAGGAAGUGCGUUCGGGAGCUUUUCCGCCAAGAACAAAAGAGAACUAUGAUUUGCAUGUUCAGACUGUUAAGAAAGACCAUGCGCUUUUGCACUGUUAUGGUGUGAAGAAAUGUUGUCCCAUAACUGAGAAUUUAAGUUACUUCCAUUUUGUAACUGGGUACCCACCGGAUAUUCUUCACGAUCUUUUUGAAGGCAUACUUCCAUUGGAAUUGGCAUUAUGUCUUAAUCUGUUUAUCCACAAGCAGUAUUUCACCUUGACAGAACUUAACAGGGCCAUAAUUAAUUUUCCAUACAGAUGGACUGAUAAAACUGAUCAACCCCAACCUAUCCCAACAGAUUUUGUCACUCGCAAAAGGAUUUGCGGGAACGCACAUGAGAACUGGACAUUAUUAAGACUACUGUCAUUCAUUAUUGGUACAAAGAUACCACUGAAUGAUCCAGCAUGGCAAGUCCUCAUGAAUUUGAAAGACAUUACUGAACUUGCAGUAUCUCCUCUUCAUACAGAGGAAACCAUUUGCUACCUGGACACACUGAUAUCAGAACAUCGUCACAGACUGUUAGAAGUUUUCCCAAAGCAAAAACUGACUCCAAAAGGUCAGUCUGCAAGACUUCACUUCAUGCCUGUUGUUAUGGGAUUUUCACUUUCUGUGGGAAUCUUCCCGGCCAGCUACGUCCACUUGAAGAAGGCCGUCGUCGCCAACAGGGGCCAAUACGAGACGGUGGUCCCACUGGAAGACCCCAUUGUGACAGAGGUCACCUCUACACUACAGGAGUGGUCUGUUUUGUGGAAGCAGUUGUAUGUGAAACAUAAAGUCGACCUCUUUUACAAGCUCCGUCACGUUAUGAAUGAGUUGAUUGAUCUGAGGCGACAACUGCUUUCAGGUCACCUGACCCAAGAUCAGGUCCGAGAAGUCAAGCGCCACAUCACCGUACGACUGGACUGGGGCAAUGAACACUUAGGCUUGGAUCUGGUGCCCAGAAAGGAGUUCGAAAUGGUUGACGCAGACCAGAUAAGUGUUUCAGACCUCUACAAAAUGCACCUAUCCAGCCGACACAGCGUCCAGCAAAGCACAUCCCAGGACGGAGGACGACAGAGACACGGUGACUCGUGUCGGAUGCCUGUGCCGCACCAUCUUUUCGUCAACCUGAAGAGCUUCACGUACAACACCAUCGGCGAGGACACCGAUAUCUUCUUCUCUCUUUAUGACCUGAGAGAAGGCAAACAAAUCAGUGAGAAGUUUAUGGUGAGACUUAACAAAAACGGCGGGCCAAAAAAUCCAGAGAAGGUCGACCGUCUCUGCGCGCUCUUUACGGAUCUUAGCAACAAAGACAUGAAGCGAGAUCUGUAUAUCGUGUCGCAGGUCAUUAGGACGGGGCGGAUGUUGCUGAAUGACUCAAAGAAAGGUCCUCCUCAUGUCCAGUACCGCCGGCCGUACGGAUGUGCAGUGCUCGCCAUGAGCGACAUCCUUCAAACCAUCUCUGAACUCAAAGAAGAGAAAGACUUUGUGCUUAAAGUUUACACUUGUAAUAAUGAGAAUGAGUGGUACCAGAUCCAUGAGAACAUUAUCCGCAAGUCUAGUACCAAAUACACAGCGCCCAGCACUAACUACGGUUUGAUCAUAUCUCUGCAGCUUCUGCGGGGCGACAUGGAGCAGGUGCGAAGGGAAAACCCCAUGAUAUUCAACCGCGGCGUGGCCAUCACACGCAAGCUGGGCUUUCCUGAUGUCAUCAUGCCAGUUGAUGUACGCAAUGAUCUCUACCUCAUCCUUGAGAGAGGAGACUUCGAAAGGGGCGGCAAGAGCGUUCAGAAGAACAUCGAGGUCACCAUGUAUGUCCUCUACGCUGAUGGCGAGUUCCUCAAAGAAUGCAUCAGUCUGGGCUCAGGAGAACACAACAUAAGCGAAUACCGAUCUUUCGUCCUCUACCACAACAACAGUCCACGCUGGAGUGAGGUCAUCAAACUUCCCAUCCCUAUUGACCGAUUCCGGGGGUCCCAUCUGCGUUUUGAGUUUAGACACUGCUCAACAAAGGACAAAGGAGAGAAAAAGCUUUUUGGCUUUGCUUUCACUCCACUAAUGCGGGAAGACGGCACCACGCUGUCAGAUGAAAGCCAUGAGCUUUACGUCUACAAGUGUGAUGAAAACACGACCUUCAGUAACCACGCUCUAUACCUGGGUCUGCCCUGCUGUAAGGACGACUUCAAUGGCUGCCCAAACAUCCCAUCCAGCCUCAUAUUCCAGCGCAGCACUAAGGAAACCCUCUGGAUCUCAACUCAGCUCUCCUCCACUAAACUAACACAGAACGUCGAUCUGCUAGCUUUAUUAAAGUGGAAAGCACAUCCGGACCGUGUAAUGGACAUUUUGGGUCGGUUGCGGCACGUCUGCGGGGAGGAAAUUGUCAAAUUUCUUCAAGAUAUUCUUGACACUCUGUUUUCCAUUCUGGAUGACAACACGGACAAAUAUGGACCGCUGGUAUUCCAGUCACUGGUGUUUAUCAUCAAUCUACUUCGGGACAGUAAGUUUUAUCACUUCAGGCCUGUGAUGGACACUUACAUCCAGAAACAUUUCGCUGGAGCGUUGGCUUACAAAGAGCUGAUUCGCUGUCUGAAAUGGUAUAUGGACCGAUCAGCUGAAGUUGUACGUCAGGAUCACAUCCAAGAAGCAAUGCGGGCUCUGGAAUACCUGUUUAAAUUCAUCGUCCAGUCGCGGAUCCUCUACUCGCGGGCCACCUGCGGGAUGGAAGAGGACCAGUUCCGCGCUAGCAUCCAGGAGCUUUUCCAGUCCAUCCGCUUCGUGCUCAGCCUGGACAGCCGCAGCUCGGAGACCCUCAUUUUCACCCAGGGUCCCCAGCCUCCUACAGGACCAGCCACUACCAACCAGGGCAGCUGCGUGCAGCCGUUGAGUUGUAAUACCCCACGGCCCUCUCCUAUGUCCGCUGCCCUUCUCAACUCAUUCCCGGCUAUAUUUGAUGAGCUCCUGCAGAUGUUCACAGUGCAGGAAGUGGCAGAAUUUGUGAGGGGAACUCUGGGCAGCAUGCCCAGCACAGUACACAUCGGGCAGUCCAUGGACGUGGUCAAACUCCAGUCUAUCGCACGUACGGUGGACAGUAGACUUUUCUCCUUCCCGGAAUCAAGGAGAAUUCUGCUUCCUGUUGUUCUACAUCACAUUCAUCUGCAUCUGAGGCAACAGAAGGAGCUUCUCAUCUGUUCGGGGAUCCUGAGCAGCAUCUUCUCCAUUAUUAAGAGCAGCUCACUGGAGAGCUCUGUACAGGAAGAGGUGGAAAUGAUGGUGGAGAGUUUGUUAGAUGUGUUGUUACAGACGCUGUUGGCCAUCAUGAGUAAAUCUCAGUCGCAGGAGGCGGUAAGAGGGCAGCGCUGUCCACAGUGCACGGCUGAAAUCACUGGGGAAUACGUGUCGUGUCUGUUGUCCCUCCUGCGUCAAAUGUUAGACAUUCACUUCCAACACCUGCUGGACAACUUCCAGAGCAAAGAGGAGCUAAAGGAAUUCUUGCUGAAGAUCUUCUGUGUGUUCAGAAACCUAAUGAAGCUCAGCAUCUUUCCUCGGGACUGGAACGUCAUGCGCCUUCUGACCAGCAAUAUCAUCGUGAGCACAACUCAAUAUCUAUCCCCUGUUCUCCAUAAAAGCUUCACAGACGCCGACUUUGAUUUUAAGGUAUGGAAUUCAUACUUCAGUCUGGCUGUACUUUUUAUCAACCAGCCCAGUCUACAGCUGGAGACUCUGACACCAGCCAAAAGAAAGAAAGUCUUUGACAAGUAUGGUGAUAUGAGAGUCAUGAUGGCUUAUGAACUAUUUAGCAUGUGGCAGAAUCUGGGUGAGAAUAAAAUCCACUUUAUACCGGGAAUGAUUGGGCCGUUUUUGGGUGUGACUCUUGUACCACAAAAUGAAGUCCGAAAUAUAAUGAUCCCCAUCUUCCACGACAUGAUGGACUGGGAACAGCGGAAGAACGGCAAUUUUAAACAGGUGGAGGCAGAACUGAUUGACAAACUUGACAGUCUGGUGUCUGAAGGCAAAGGAGACGAGAAUUACAGAGAACUCUUCAGUUUACUAACACAACUCUUUGGGCCAUACCCCAGUCUGCUGGAGAAGAUAGAGCAGGAGACCUGGAGGGAAACGGGUGUUUCAUUCGUCACGUCUGUCACACGAUUAAUGGAACGACUGCUUGACUACAGGGAUUGCAUGAAAGGUGAUGAAACGGAAAACAAGAAAAUAGGCUGCACUGUGAACCUACUGAAUUUCUACAAGUCAGAGAUUAACAAGGAGGAGAUGUACAUCCGAUACAUUCACAAGCUGUGCGACAUGCACCUGCAGGCUGAAAACUACACAGAGGCGGCGUUUACUCUUCUGCUGUACUGGGAGCUGCUACACUGGGAGGAAAGACCUCUCCGAGAAUUCCUACACUAUCCUGCACAGAGUGAAUGGCAUCGCAAAGAGGGUCUCUGUCGUAAAGUCAUCCACUACUUCAACAAGGGAAAGUGUUGGGAGUACGGCAUCCCCUUGUGCCGAGAACUAGCCUUCCAGUACGAGUCCCUUUAUGAUUAUCAGAGUCUCAGCUGGAUACGGAAAAUGGAGGCAGCGUAUUAUGACAACAUCAUGGAGCAGCAGAGACUUGAGCCUGAGUUUUUCAGGGUGGGAUUUUACGGACGAAAAUUUCCUUUCUUCCUCAGGAAUAAGGAGUUUGUUUGCCGGGGUCAUGACUAUGAGAGACUUGAAGCCUUUCAGCAAAGAAUGCUGGGAGAAUUUCCACAAGCUAUUGCCAUGCAGCACCCUAAUCAACCAGAUGAGUCCAUUUUACAGGGUGAUGCCCAGUACCUACAGAUCUAUGCGGUAACACCGGUCUCAGAAAAUGUCGACGUGUUGCAGAUGGAACGCGUGCCAGACCGCAUCAAAAGCUUUUACAGAGUCAAUAACGUCCGGCGAUUUCGUUACGACCGUCCUUUCCACAAGGGGCUAAAAGACAGGGAGAACGAAUUUAAGAGUCUCUGGAUUGAGCGGACUACACUCAUCCUUACACAUCCUCUGCCCGGGAUCUCCCGCUGGUUCGAGGUGGAGAAACGAGAGCUGAUUGAAGUGAGUCCGCUCGAGAAUGCCAUUUACGUGGUAGAAAAUAAGAACCAGGAGCUGCGUACCCUGAUCAGCCAAUACCAACACAAGCAGCUUCACGGAAACAUAAACCUGCUCAGCAUGUGCCUCAACGGAGUCAUUGACGCUGCUGUCAACGGCGGCAUUGCCAGAUACCAGGAAGCUUUCUUCGAUAAAGAAUACAUAAGCAGUCACCCUGAAGAUACAGAGAAAAUCACCCAGCUCAAGGAUCUCAUGCAAGAACAGGUUCAUGUCCUGAGCGUGGGGUUGGCCGUCCAUGAGAAACUGGUGCAUCCGGAAAUGCGUCCCUUGCACAAGAAACUCAUUGAUCAGUUCCAGAUGAUGAGGAGCAGUCUUUGUCAUUGUUUCUAUGUGGCCCUGCAGGGCCUGCCUGGUCUGGAUAAACUGAGCCCGGCCUGCUCUGGGGCCAGCACCCCGCGCGGCAUCCUCGCCACCCACAGUCCCAUGAGUCCUGAGAGUAUGAAACUCAUGCACAGACACAGCCCUCUGAAUGUGUUGGGCUCUAUCCGCCACUCCUCCUCUUCUCUUUCCUCUCACACCUCCAGUGAGACAGGAAACCUGCUCAUCCUGACGGACGGCAUGAUGGAGCACCCGGAAGACCUCUACCACAUGCAGCCUAGUCCAUCAUCAUCCAGCUUGAGCUCGACUCAUUCUGCUCCAUCUCAGAUGAUCAACUCAGGUCACACCAGCAUCAGAGUUGGGUCCCCGUCACUCCCUGACAGAUACAGACACAACCGAGAGAUGUUGAUGCUUCUGCCGCCUCACAGGGACCGUCCAAGCAGCGCCUUGUAUCCUAACCUCACUGAGAAUGGACAGCCGACCAAUCACCAGAGGGCUUUGUACCAUCAGGUCAUUGGCCCCUGCAAACCCUGCAGUGACCCAAAUCUCUCUGUGGCUGAUAAAGUGUUGACUGCUCCAAGCAGCUGGAGUUUGGACAGUGGCACCAGGGACACUCUCACGUUCCUCUCUGCUCAUGUGGGGAGUGUGAUGGCACCGCCCGUACCCCCCCGCACCCUCCCUCCCGGACACUUCUCGAUGCACUUUGAUGCCUUCCACCACCAGACCAGCGAACUCCCUCCAGCUCUCCCUGCGCGCUCCUUAAGAAAGUCUCCCCUGCACCCUAUACCUGCCUCACCCACCAGUCCACAAUCAGGCCUGGAUGGCAGUAACUCCACCCUCUCCGGCAGCGCCAGCAGCGGCGUCUCCUCCCUGAGUGAGAGCAACUUCGCCCAGUCAUCCUCUGAGCCUCCGGCACGAGCCGACACCCUGGACUCCAUGCCGAGCAGCCAGGCCUGGACCACGGACACAGAGGAAACCGAGAGCCCCUACCUCCCCGUGCGCUACAGCGUCUCCGAGCCCGAGGUUCUGGACCCUCUCAAGCCCGCUCCGUGCCGCAGUCACUCGGCCCCGUUGGGCGUAACCCCGGGAGUACCCCCAGAUAGUCAUCAUCACAUGCACCUUCACCACCACCAUCCACACGCAAUUCACAUCACCCACCCCCACUAUCAUCACCACGACCCUGCGCCUGCUCUUCCCCCCAAACCCUACCUGAGGGAAGGAUGCAUCCCUGAAGAGGACCUAAGGCCAGUUCCAAGGCCCAUGCCACGCAAGAUCUCCCAGCCUCUGCUCACCAACAAGGAAGAACAAGCUAAAGUGGCCUGGGAACAUGGAAUCAGCGAAGAAUAGAUGAAGAAUAAGGUCCUGCCUGGACUGUUGGAUUUUGUUGAUGUGUUGUUGGGUUUUGGGAAUGUUGACGCCCCGAAGGAACUGGUUUAAAAUUUCCCCUAUACUUCCCAUAUAUACAGUGUAAAGCUUUUCAGAAGUGCUUGCCAUGUUGCUGAGCUUCCAAACUCGUGAGAUUUUUAUGUUUUGCGGUUGUUCAACCGGCUCGUAUAUGCCCAAAGCAUCUGUACACGGAUUGGAUAACCCAUAUGUGUGAUGGCAUGGAAAGAUAUGUUCAGAUGGUACAGGAAGCACAAUGAUCACAUGGUUUAACAGGUACGCAGGGUAAUUUGCCAUGCCUGGUGUACUAGAUGGAAAAAUUGUUGGCCUUUAUAUCUUUUGAAGUUGUUUUACAAUCCAAACCUUGUGUUAUUGAAAUAAUAGUGUUGUCAAACCUUGCCAGGAAGCACUUUUCCAUUCCGGCGGGGUUGCACUUAAGCACUUAUCCUUAGGCCACCAAAAGAUAUAUUUUUAAAUGAUGCUAGCAGUGGUCAAACAGCUUAAGUUUUAGCCACUACUUUGAUUUGCAUCUUCCCAAUAUAAGAGUGGAUUAUAGAAGUUCUUUGAAGAUCUUUUCAGCAUGAAUAUUUCUCUUGACAAGAUAUUCACCUUCCAAUCCAAUUCAAGCGUUUCAUUAAAAAUGAUUUAACACAAUGUCAGAUAUAACAUGCCAAAACUUCAUUACCGGCCCAAAACACUUAGCAGACGACUGCUACCUCCUGCAUGUUUGCGAGAAGCUUCUCCAGAGAGAAGCUGCGCUGAUUUGACACUAAAAGGCUUUUACAAUCUCCGUAAAGCCUCAUUACACGAUAUUGUCAUGCCGCGAAAGCAAGUCAGCCUCGCCCAACAUUACUAUCCCGUUAUGCUAAUAACGCAACAGUCAAAGAGCUGUUAUAUCAAAGCCAUUUCCCAGAUGUCUCCUUACGGUAAAGCACCUUUCGGUCUCAGCAGGUUUCUUUGGGAUGUGAUUUCCGUUCCUCUGAGUUGACAGUUUUCAUAAAAAAGUAUAUAUUUUUAGAUAGAGCUGUUAUAAAAUUCCAAGACUUUAAUAUAAUUGUAUAGUAAAAUUUAAAAAAUGAGAGAGAGAAUAAAUACAGCUUAGAUUAUAUCAUAAAUAUAGCUAUGAACGAUUAUAUAGUGUGUUUAGGAGGCUGGAAGCAAGAUUUAUGAGUGUGCGUGUUUUAUGUUGCACUGAUGUGUUUAUGGACGUCAAGUCCUUCGGCUGCUGAUGGAUUCGCACUUGAUACCUGCGUACCAAUUUUUGAUGACUUAAAAGUGUGUUAUUUUAAGAGCUCAUUUAUAUGUACAGUUCUGCAUGUUCUCUACACUUGUGGUCACGAUAUUGUCAUCUGUCACUUGAAGGAAGGUCUCGUAGAGACGUUGCUUGUCUAUCUACUCAUCCUCAACAUUAAUUCACGUUACGUCACGAUACUGAUAAUAUUUUUUGCAUUGGGUUUAUUUGGACUGGAAUGGAUUUUUGUGGCUAAAGUUGUCGUAAAAGCCUAAACAUGCUGGGCAAUUGUAAAAUCAUUUUUUCGUGAAAAGCAAGAAUGGCCUUUGAGACCGUGUCUUAACCAGAAACGAUGAGUUCAGUUGCCAAAUUGGCGACUUGGUCACUAGAUUUAGCGACUUGCUUUCAGAAAAGCACCUAGCAACAAAACUAGCGACUUUUUAUGAACUUUAGCUGUCUUGCUUUUCCGGGACAGGAACAAAUUGAAAGAAUGAAAGAGAUUUGCCUAUACAAAGCAGUGUUUCCAAGAACCAAUCAUUUCCAGCCAAGUUAGUGCAAAUAUGAUGUGAUGCCAUUGUUAAUCUAUCAUUAAAUAUGCUAAUUAAGCUAGCACUUAUCUAGCGACAUUUAGCGAAUUUUCAAGCAGGCCUUGCGCUGUGUUGAGACUGCUAGCGACUGUGUUCACUGUGCUUUAUGUCACUUUAAGACUUUAUGUUUGGCGUUUGGGAAAUACAAUGAAGUCUUUUAAAAGUUUGGCAUGCAAACACAAAGUAUACAGUAUAAUCAUACUGCUCAUAUGAAAUUAACUUCAGUCCCAUACGAGUCCCAUAUCAAAGGGGAAUGGCAAGUGUUUAGGAGAUCUACAAGUUUUUUAUGUGCAUUUUUGUAAUAUGAAAACUGUAAUGGUCAUGGAGAGAUGUACAGUUUCAAGUGCAUGUUAACGUAAUGGCACAUCGUUUUUAAUUUUUAUUGCCAAGCAAAGUCAAUACAAGAGUAUGUUUUGAUAAGGGGCCUUUUGUAAACAUGAGAAUCUAUCAUGCAUCACAUAAUAUUCAAAUCCCGUAACCAUUAACUAACCUCAUAUCUCCAUUUUAAUUAUCCAAAUGCCAUUUCUUGAAGUAAUUCCAAGCUGAUGAUGGUAUACAUUAGUAGUAAAACAUUGCAUUUUAAACACAUACAGAUAUGGUUUAUGGAUUAGUUUGUAAUAGUUAUUGGGAUUACCCUUCAAUCAUUUAAAUAAUUAUUUUUUAUUUACAUUAAAUAUCGAGUGAUCAGGGAUGGAACUGCAAUCUAUGCAAAGAUCGUGUGAUAUAGGAAAGAGUGUAAACUGCUUAAGUGUAUCCGGGACGGCCCAUUCUGUGAAAAUUAGCACGGAUAAACAAAAAGGCAUCGAUAUUUAUUGUUUUCCACAUUUCUUCUUAUGGCUUUCCAGACAUUUUGCAUGUAAAUAUUGACUGACGGAUACUGUGUGUCUUGUACUCAUCCACCAAAAUCAUAAUUUUGCUUGCAUAUUCAAGCCCAAAAUUAAUAAAAAAGCAUUAAACAUAUAAUCACAAUUCAUUUAAACCGGUUACUCAUUUAGCACAAAACAUCAUGUAAAAACAAUUGUACAUAUUUUACAUGUUUAAUAUCUCAGUAGAGGAAAGCUGAAGUUUUGGAUAUGGAGUUUGAGGGUGACGUUUUAUUUUUUACAUGAUGAGGUUGCCCUGGUAAGCAUCUGCAAUUCAGUAUUCGAUCAGUACUUUGAUCAGUACAUAUAUACAGCAUUAGGUGUUAUUUGCUAAUGAAAUAUUUUUUUCUUCUGUAUUUUGCUGAGAACAUUGAUUGAAAGAUAGAUAUUGCAGUAUGUUGGAAAUGGACAGUUUUUGGCAAAUGUGCAAAGUUAUAACACUGGAAAAAUGACUUUUUGUUGUUUUUGUACAUAAGAAAACCUGAAUAAGAGGGGUACUAAACACUGACCUGCAUUACAAUUUGUACCACACCAUGUCUGGCUUUAUUUUGUGUAUAUAAUCCUUCAAAAGCUUUGUAUUUAUAUGGUCAAGAAGGACAAAUCAUGUAUAGACUGAGAUUAAUUGUCUGCCUUGUACUUUCUGAUGUAAAUGUGUUUUUAAAACUGAAAUGCAAAUGAGUUAAAAUGAAAAAAAAAAAAAAAUCAAUGGGCUAAUCACUGCAGUUAUUUUGUGUAUUUUGCAUCAGAAUCUAAAGAAAGUUACGUUUUACCAUGCAGAAAUAUGAAAACCUUUGUACAAGUAUUCUCAAGUAUUUUUUCUGUAUAUAUUGUGUGCUAGCAUGAAUAAAUGUGGUGUGGAUUUUAGAUGUAAAUACACUUUUUUUUCCUACUCACUUAACCGCUGUGACUUGUAAUUCAUUAAUAAUGCCUAAUAUUAAAGAUAAUGUUUUAUCAA